AUGCCAAGUAAAAAACUGGACGAUCGUGUGCACAAGCGAUUAGUUUUACAAGUGCAAAAGUAUCGAGAAGCACAAAAAGAAGCUACUCGAAAAAUUGAUGACAGUAGUAAAUCAAGUGACAGUAGUGAUCAUGGAUACAGUGAUCAUGAAGAAGAUCAAGAUCGGAGUCAUGAAAGUGUUUCAUCAAAGAAAAAUCAAAAUGAUAAUGGAAGCGUGGAUAUUUGUGAUAAAGUGACAACAGAGGAUAUUAAAAAUUUAAUCCUAGCUUCUUACCGUAGUUUGAGUAAGCAAAUUACAAAUCUGAGUGAUCAAAUUGAAGAUGCAACUUCACGGCUAACUUCUCUGGAGUCUUUGAUAAAAAAUGUGGGAACACUCCCUGAAAAACCUGAAGAAACAAUUCUUAAUGAGGAAGUUCGGAAAACACGAGGGAGUUUAACCAAAAAUAAAAACAACGACGACGUCAAAAAUGUUGUUAUCAUAAAUGAUUCAGAGUCCGAAUCUGGAUCUAGCUCCUCAUCUAAAUCAGAUUCAAAUUCGAGUUCAGAGUCUGAUUCUAAAUCCAAGAAGAAAGAGAAAAAUUCAAUUAAAGUCUUUGAUACUUCUAUCAGAUUGAAAUUUCCUUUGCAAACUGAAUAUGAUUUUUGUAUAUUCAAUGCUAAGAUUGCUAAAUAUGGAUAUCGUAAUCGAGUAAUCAAUAAUUUAUCACACAUGGUAAAUAAAAAUUCAAGCUUGUCACGAAAUGUUGAGAAAAUGAUCCGGCAUUACUUGACAAAAAAUGUCACCAUGCGUUACAAUACCAAAGUUUCAACGAUUAAAAAAAAAGCUUUUAUUGACACGCUUUUUUAUCAGUGUAUUGAAGAGGUAAUUAAAAAGAUUUUCGGUGAAUCAAAAUCAAUUUCUGAUGAACGGAUUCAUGUGUCUAUUACGGCUGCGCUGAAAUUUGGAAGAAAAAAAUAA